AUGGUCACCUUUCUAUACUUUGCUCUCACCGCCAUGAUAGCCCCUCUAGUGGUCGCCCUACCAGCUGCUCUCCCCAACAACCCCAAAACAGUCCAACGUGCAGAUGUGAGCUACAGCUGUGACUGCAUCGAUCACUGGUUCAAGCACGGUCUUUUCUGGAUUCGUGCCUCCUCUGUUACCGGUUGCAUGUCUUUGGAGACCAUCCCUCAGACAAUCUACGCUCUUAAUGCAAUUCCCAAGCCAGACUAUUUCUCAAACGACUAUCCGAACCUGAUCUGCAGCCUCGGCCACAACGAAUGCCAAUGGACAUACAGUCCCCUCGACUUUCUGGCCAACAUAACGUCGUCACCAGAGUCGACAACCGGUGGCAUCCACCCUGGAGAGAGAGGCAUACCAAUGCUCGAGAAAGUGGACGACCCACCCCGCCUACUGCCCCUUUUCGUCCCUGUGCCCAAGAACCAGGCACCUCAGAAGAGAUAG